ACAAGAAGAUGGAGUUGCAGAGAAUCAAUGACAGUCUGGACCAACAUCUGCUCCUAUGUGCACAGGAAAAGGUUCAGACAUAUCAGACACCAGAAUGCCAAGAAAACUAGUACUAUAUGCUUGCUUCAAAAAUUGACCUAUGCAUGUAUCUCACAGGUACAAGCUGAGAAGCUGGUGGUUGAAUCAGAUGAUGUGGCAGAGGGACUAGUGCAGCUCAUCACUGAGCAUCAUGUCACUGCCCUUGUCAUGGGGGCAGCAGCUGAUAAGCAUUACACAAAGAAAAUGAAAGCCCUCAAGUCCAAGAAAGCACAGGUUGUAGAACAGAGGGCAGAUCCUUCCUGCAAAAUAUGGUACAUCUGCAAAGGAACGCUUGUUUACCGUAAGUACGGUUGGUCGAGUGCCGGAUACUCUUCACUUACGUUGCAGAACUCCAGCCUGCAUUUGACAUGUUACCCUCCUUGUCUGCAUUCUCUCUACACUAGGAAGGCUGUUCCCCUUAGCCAUGGGGCAAUGCCGCAAGGUACACAAAAGCCUGGCGCUCAACAGUUUUCAGUGGAUAGAUCAACUAGCUUGUCAGAGAUGUGGUGUGUUUCAAAUACAUGGCUGCACAAACCAAAUCUCAGACGAUCCGACGGUAAUGAAAAGGAAACUGUUCACGAAUUUGAUGAGGCUGACAAUAAAUUCCAGCAUAUGCUCCGGGAGUUGGAGAGUGUAAGAAAACAAGCUUAUGAAGACAACUGCAGUCGUGAAAAGGCAGAAAGGGAGUUGUUUGAGGCUUUCCAGAAAGCACGAGCCUCUGAGAAUAUGUACUUCGGAGAAGUGAAGCAAAAGAAUCAAAUAGAGGAUAAGUUGAAAACAACACUGGAGGAAGUCGAAAGACUCACAGAAACAACUAAUGAACUUUGUGCAAAGCUUCAAGAUGAACGCAAGAAAAGAUUAGCCAUUUGUGUACCAAGCCAGCUCCACAUCGACCGGCUCUCCUCUUCUCUCACAGCCAGAUCCUCUCUCCCUCGCCUCGUCUCCGACGAUUUUGCCUCUCAACAACGAAUCCAGAUCCGGUGGAGAUCGACCUUGGAAGCCACACUGGGAGGCACCAGGAGCAGGAGAGGUCGCGACCGACGGCGGGAGGAGAGGCCCCAGCGGUGGAUGAAACGCUGCAGAUCGCCGGCGUCUCCGCCUCUCCCCCGCAUGCCGCCUCCUCCACUCCCCUUCCCUCACAGCCCCACCCCCUCUCAUCUCGUCUGCUAACCCUUUUUUCCUCUCAAUACACUCAAUAAUGAAUCCUGAUCCGUGCAGAUGGAUGGCAGAGUCCCUAUGGUCGAUGGCGCCGGGGAGGAGGCAGAGCGGCAGGACGGGUUCUGUCAUGCUGGGUGGAGCGGCGGCCGGAACGGGUCACCGGUGUGAGAGGGUGGAGUCCUUUCGUGUGGCCAGAAAUAUUCCUACAGACUACAUCGCCCUUACUUUCAGAAUGUCAUACUAUAGUUUGCAUAGAGCGGGGCAUGCUCGAUCAGUUUGGAGGCCAAGAUGACACCAGAUGGACCUUACUUUCAGAAUGGCAUAUCGCUAUCUAUUCUAUUUUCUAAAUUUAACCUCUUGAAAGAAUCACAUCUACUGUAUAUUCUGAUUCUACUGACUUAAUCAAUAGUUGUGGAUCCAUAUUCCUUGCAACACCGUUGAUCUCUUGGUGCGGUGGCGCGAGGCCAACCUGGGUUUGCCGGGGUGAUCUCCCUGUCACUGGACGAGGAGGUUGACAAGGACACCGUGAUGGAACUUGGCGACGCAGACCACAGGAGGUAGGAGGAGGAGAAGAAGAAGAAGAACCGGCGCAAGAAGAGGAGGAAGAAGCAGCGGAAGGAGGACGCCACCGCAAACAAGGAGAUAUCACAUUUGGUUCCAAAUUGGUGCUGUGAUGUAUGCUUCAAGAAUUGAAGAUCGACACGGUGGCUGAGGGUUGUGUGUUGGCUGUCGGGGCUAGCUGUAGCGGAGGCGACAGCGGCCAUUGCUAGCUAGAGGUAUUGGCAUGCGUCAGCUGGCACGCAGCUGCAGCACAGGAGGCAUGGUCGGAGGCAAGAAAGAAGGAACUCUCUAAAGUAUAGUAUGAAUCUCUCCCUGCACUAUUAGCUUGAUUUACUUGGUUAUCUAGGUCACAGAGCAUGUCACUGCUGUUACAUGUUUCACUUCAUUCUUUUUUUUCCUUUUUGUAGAGAUGAUUUCAGUACUCUAUCAGUGUGAUGUUAAUUAGCACCAAGAUGCAUGUGUCACUCGUUCGAUCAAGUGUGAUGAAUUUUGUAUUUUGUUCC